GGGGCGGCGAUGCAGCCGAGGAGCUGAAUACCCGGUUAGGCUCACGCCACAGAAAUCGGGGCUUCUGGAUGCCGGAUGGUCUUGGGGUGGCCAGAACUCGGGGGGCCAGUCGGCCAAGUGGUGGACUCGUCCUUCUUAGACAUAUGCAAGCGAAAGACUUGGGUCCUGAGCUCAAAAUCAGGCAAGGGGGGUGUACGAGGCCUUUGGUUCCAGGAUCCGAUCUGCAGACGCCUGACCUAGAGGUCCCCGUAUGACAUGGCAGAAGCGCGCCAGGCCGUGGGCUUUGUGCCUUUGCUGACCUCCGACGGGGCCGCCGUGGCGCUCAGGGGCCCGGUGCUGCAGGACAUCUACCUCUCAGGGCUUCGGUCCUGGAAAAGGCAUCUCUCGCGCUUGUGGAACGACCUUCUCAGCGGCGUGCUCCCCGCCAGCCCCCUCAGCUGGCUCUUCCUCUUCAGUGCCAUCCAGCUUGCCUGCUUCCUCCAGCUGGACCCUUCCCUGGGACUGAUGGAGAAGAUUAAAGAGCUACUGCCAGACUGUGGGGGUCAGCACCACAGGCUCCGGGGCCUCCUUGCGGCUGCGCUGUUUGCCUUGUGUUUGUGGGGUGCCCUGAUCUUCACGCUUCACGUGGCCUUGAGGCUGCUUCUCUCCUACCACGGCUGGCUGCUCGAGCCCCACGGAGCCAUGUCCUCGGCCACCAAGACCUGGCUGGCCCUGGUUCGCAUCUUCUCCGGCCGCCGCCCGAUGCUCUUCAGCUACCAGCGCGCCCUGCCUCGCCAGCCCGUGCCCUCGGUGCAGGACACAGUGCGCAAGUACCUGGAGUCCGUCCGACCCGUCCUCUCGGACGAGGACUUCGACUGGACCGCGGGGCUGGCGCAGGAGUUCCUGAAGCUGCAGGCGUCGCUGCUGCAGUGGUACCUGCAGCUCAAGUCCUGGUGGGCGGCCAACUACGUCAGCGACUGGUGGGAAGACUUCGUGUAUCUGCGCUCACGCAGCUCGCUGAUGGUGAACAGCAACUAUUACCUGAUGGACCCCCAUCAGGGGGCUCAGGCAUGUCGCUGUCCCCUCUGCUGGCCCCAGGACUUCCUGUACGUCACACCCACGCCGCUGCAGGCAGCCCGCGCUGGGAACGCCGUCCACGCCCUGCUCCUGUACCGCAACCGGCUGAAACGCCAGGAGAUCUCCCCGACUCUGCUGAUGGGAAUGCGCCCCUUGUGCUCUGCCCAGUACGAGAGAAUAUUCAACACCACGCGGGUCCCAGGGGUGCAGAAAGACCGCCUCUGCCACCUCCGCGACAGUCGGCACGUGGCUGUCCUCCACCGGGGCCGGUUCUUCCGUGUGGGGACCCACUCCGCACACGGCCUGCUGUCCCCGAGAGCCCUGGAGCAGCAGUUUCAGCGCAUCCUGGACGACCCCUCGCCCGCCUGUCCCCAGGAGGAGCACCUGGCGGCCCUGACAGCCGCUCCCAGGGACUCGUGGGCCCAGGUGCGCCAGACGCUCAAGACCCGCGCUGCCCACGCCCUGGAGGCCGUGGAGGGGGCCGCCUUCUUCGUGUCGCUGGACCCCGAGCCCGCGGGGCUCACCCGGGAGGACCCCGCAGCCUCACUGGACGCCUAUGCCCAUGCCCUUCUGGCCGGCCGCGGCCACGACCGCUGGUUUGACAAAUCCUUCACCCUGAUUGUCUUCUCCAACGGGAAGCUGGGCCUCAGCGUGGAGCACUCGUGGGCCGACUGCCCCAUCUCAGGACACAUGUGGGAGUUCACCCUGGCCACAGAGUGCUUCCAGCUGGGCUACACGGCCGACGGCCACUGUAAGGGCCACCCUGAGCCGGCGCUGCCCCAGCCCCAGCGGCUGCAGUGGGACCUUCCAGACCAGAUCCAUCGCUCCAUCUCCCUCGCCCUGCGGGGAGCCAAGGCCUUGUCUGGCAGCGUGGACUGCCACGUCUUUCCCUUCUCCCACUUCGGCAAGAGCUUCAUCAGACACUGCCGCCUGUCCUCAGACAGCUUCAUCCAGACGGCCCUGCAGCUGGCCCACUUCCGGGACAGGGGUCAAUUCUGCCUGACUUACGAGUCGGCCAUGACUCGCUUGUUCCUGGAGGGCCGCACGGAGACAGUGCGGUCUUGCACGAGGGAGGCCUGCAACUUUGUGAGAGCCAUGGAGGACCCGGAGAAGACACACUCGCAGUGCCUCGCCCUGUUCCGCGCCGCGGUGGACAAGCACCAGGCUCUGCUCAAGGCGGCCCUGAGCGGCCAGGGGGUCGACCGCCACCUCUUCGCGCUCUACAUCGUGUCGCGAUUCCUCCACAUGCAGUCGCCCUUCCUGGCCCAGGUUUACUCGGAGCAGUGGCAACUGUCCACCAGCCAGAUCCCUGUUCAGCAGAUGCACCUGUUUGAUGUCCACAAUUACCCGGAUUAUGUUUCCUCGGGUGGCGGGUUCGGGCCUGCGGAUGACCAUGGCUACGGUGUGUCUUACAUCUUCAUGGGGGAUAAUGUGAUCACCUUCCACAUCUCCAGCAAAAAAUCAAGCACAAAAACGGACUCCCACCGGCUGGGGCAGCACAUCGAGGAUGCGCUGCUGGACGUGGCCUCCCUGUUCCAGGCCGGACAGCGUCCGCAGCGCCGGCUCAGGGGCUCAGGGGACGAAGACUCGGGGCACAGGUGCGGAUUUCUCUCCAGUAAGACUGUGGAUUCCAAGACACCCAAGACGCCCACCGACUCCGAGCCCGUCCAGUAGGGAGCUGGUCUCCCUCAUGGCGGAGGGCGUAGUGCCCCAGCGAGGCUGACGCAGGGUGGAGUAGCCUGUUUGCAGCCCCACAUCCGGGCCAAUAAAGAUGUUCGAGCUGGG